AUGGCAUGGUUGGAGCAGGAAGUCCGCGAAUUUCUGCAACACAUCAACGCGGACCUGAACUGUGUGGCUGCUUGUGGAUAUGGUAUGGAUGUCCUGAAGCAGUGGUGUUUCGCAUGCAGUUUUCGAGACCUCCAGCAGAUUGCAUGUUGUUGUCAACACGAUCCUCAGUCGCAUGCACAGGUGGCAGGGAUUGUCGACAAAGACGGCGUUUACGCUUCCAGAGCCACUUCGGAGUUUCCGGCACAGCUCGCGCAAGCCUAUGCAGAAGCUGUUCUUCCUUUGUUCGAGACUUCGAGCAAGCCGUACACCAUUUCUCUUGAACAGGUUAGGUUUCUUCGAACCCACAAAACCAAGGAGGAACUUCCCCGAAGCACACAGGACGGAGGUGGGAUCUACUCAAUGCCGGAUUGGAGUUUUCCUCCAAGCGGCUGCAAGGACCUCCUAGGGGGAGUGCGUAAGCAGCUUGUGGAGUACCUUUUCCACAUCAGGGCCCCUUUGCGAUUGCGCGCCCAUGUGGAGUCCGAAAGCGAACUCCCGCUGUUCACAGAGACUGAGGUUCGGCAGUUCAGGGAGAUCUGGCAGCAAUGGUUCAUGCAACAGGGUGUGCAAUCAAUUGAUUGGAGCGUGGCUGAACAUCAACCUUACUCGCUGCUGGCCUUACAAAGCCUCUCUCGAGCCUUGCAAGACAGGGAUGAUGAACUCUUUCCAGCAUUGAUUGCGGGUGUUCCCACGGGUUUCUUCUCGGAUAUCCCGCCCAGUCACGUUUUCAUUCCGAAGCACAAGGAUGACUCUUCCGAAGCCCCGGCGGAGCUUGUGAUCUGUGAUCGCAACUGGAAGGGGGCCAGAGAAAAUCCUAAAAUACUUUCGGAAUUGAUUGAUAAGGAGAUUUCAGAGGGUUUUCUUGAAGAGCUUGAUCUUGCUUCAGCUCAGCAGCGCUGGGAGAACAUCGCAGUUGCCAAGCUCAACGUGGUUUUGGCGGACAAUCGCAAGCCGCGCUUAAUCAUGGAUGGGACGGUUUCUGGGGUCAACUCCUCUUGCUUCUUGAAUGAGCGUUACUGUCUGCCCUCGCUUAAAGACGUACGCUCGGCCUUUCCACUUCGCAUGAACAACGAGGACUUGUCAGCUUUCAGCUUGGACAUUCGCGCGGCUCACAAAACGAUCCGCAUUCGGGAGAAGGACCGUGGAUUGGCGGGGAUCAAGCUUGAGGACGGUCGACACCUGUGGUACCGAGCAUCUUUGUCGACGACCUAUUGCUGUGGCAAAGGCGACAAAGCAAUCGAGAUUUCAGGCUGCCUCAUCCUCAGCUUUUGCCAAGCUUACAAUGUGCCACUAUCGUGGCACAAACUGCAGUGCGGGUACAGAGUGAAGUGGAUAGGAUGGCUAUUCAAUUUCAGAUCAGGGACUUUCAGUCUGCCAACCGACAAGAUUGAGAAGAUUCUUCGUUCAGUGCGGGUCGUUCUGCGGCCAGGCAACGUGGAUCGCGGCGAUCUUGAAAAAACGGUGGGUUUGCUUCAGUGGGUGAGCCAGAUUUCUCCUGAACUCCGCCCCUGGAUGGCAUUCUUGUAUUCGGAUCUGCAUAGACCGGUGGCCACAAACCAUCAUGUGGAUUCUGGCGAGUGGCACUUGCUGCAUGAGUACUUGGAUGAUAACCUGCGGUUCACCAGCCAACCUCCAGGCACAGCUAUUCCACGAGGUGCUCGUCUUUUGUCUGCCAGGCACAUUGAGCUGCACUCCAAGCAGGACUUGAACAAAGUUCCUCUGACUUCACGUCGGAUAUAUAUGCGUAUCUCUGAUCCCAAACAUCCCAAGCGCAAGCUUUCGGAAUGCAGCCGCAAGUUCAUGGAAUUUUGGGAAUCGUGGUGCAUGCGCAGCCCCUUGGAACAGUGCCUGCACCUUCCUCCACGGAGCAUUGCCUGUACCUUGGCAGCGGAUGCUUGUGCUCAGGGUUCCUCUAUAGGGAUAGGUGGUUUUCUUCGUGUUGAGGGCUCACCCGUCUUGUGGUUCAGCGAACGAUUUGAGAAGUCGGAUUUCGAUGACUUGAACAUCCCUCUCGACAACAACACUCAGAAGAAUAUUGGAUGCUGGGAGCUCCUGGCUCAAAUUGCUCUGGCGCUUCUUUUUGCAGACACUUGCCCGGGCGGACGAUGCAGGCUUCAGCUGCGUACUUUCUGCGACAAUGCCUCUGCACAGGCAUCGGCAAAUCGUUUGAUGACUACGUCAUCCCCGCUCUGCUUUUUCGCUCAGCAACUGGCUUUUGUCGCUUUUGGACACGGGAUUGCCCUGGACGUGCGCCACAUUUCGGGCUUCCGCAACGAGGAGGCAGAUUACCUGUCCCGCUGGAACGGCACGGACCUUCUGUUGCCCGAGUUCGCUGAAACCUUUCGCUAUCGCUACCCAGUCAAGCGCAUGUGGCAGUCUGACCAUGAUGUGAGGGUGUUCCCGAAGGGCACUCGGCUCCUGUGGAGUCCUCCGUGA